AUGUGGAGAAGCCAACUUCGAUGGUUGAUAUAUAUGUUCCUCACAGGAUGUGCUUCUUCUCUUUUUGAAGAUCAAAUUGGAAAGUUUGACUGGCGCCAACAGUACGUCGGCUGCCCACACGAGGUUCAUUUCGACGCAUGGGGUAAAGGCGACCGUUUGCUGGUAUCCACCAAAGAGCAUGUCUUUGCUUCUCUUUCUGUAAAUACUGGGCGUAUAGGUGUGUCUUUAUUCUCGUUUUCGUUAUUGGAAAAUGCGCCUUUGACCAUGUUUACUAUUUCUGACAGCGGUCGUGUUGUCAGAGCGUGGAACAAGAGAGACGGCGCUUUACUCUGGCAGAAACUUAUCCCGACAGAGGGUAACGUUAGGUUUGCGUACUGUUCUAUUAUUUUAUUGGAAGCUACGAAUGCGAUGGAAGUGUUGUGUAUAUUUUCUAUGCAGCAGUUGCAAAGAAAUAAUACUUUGAUAAUAUUUUAUCGGCUUUUAAAUUCAAAUGUCUGCAACUUCAGAAUUGAAUUUUUUGUUAUUGAUAUUGCGAAAUCAUCUGUGACUUCCGAAUGGGUGCGUGAGGAGGCCUUAGCUAGAAUUAGUGCAGUUGAAAUGAUCGAUCUACCGCUUUCAGAAUUACAACAGAUGAUUGAGGACGAAUUCGAGGAAAGAGGAUCCAGUGAUAUUAUGUCGUCACUGAUUAGGCGUUUGGUUUCACAGGCCUCACAAAUUCACAAAUGUCGUCGUGAAAAGAUAUUCGAGCGGGAUUUCUUUAAUCUACAAAAAAUGAUCGUAACCACAUCUCUUGAUGGGGUUGUUUUCGGUAUUGACAGCAGCGAUGGUGCUAUAGUUUGGAGACUGUACCUCGGGAAGAACUUCACUCCGUUGGUUAGCUUCACAGGAAAAAAUGAGGUAUGUGUCAGACUAGCUAGAAUUUUGGCUCACCCUCAUUAUGCUUUGUCCAGGUGUCUACAGCCCAUUAUCAAUUUCGUCUACGUUAUCGUUUUUUCGAUUAUUUGUUUGCAGAAUUCUGCUGGUGUUUUGGUAUUUUUCAAUCCAAUAACUGGCAAGGUCAUAAAGAGAACACAGUUACCGUUCCCCAUAUCUCGCGUUGAUGUGUUAAGUUUUGUUGGAGAAGAUCACAUACACCCACUGGUAGUAGUUGGUCAAAAUAAUGAGGUUUCCUUAUAUCCGCCACAACCGAAGGAGAUAUUGCUGGCUGCACCUCCAGUGUAUAUACUUCUAACAGAUUCUUCGCGUAUUUCCGGAGCUGUGAUAAACUUUUUGGAGAAUAAAAUCACAAAGAUGUGGGAAGCUGAUUUACAUAUCACAUCGACGGAGAAAAUAAUCGAAAUCAAAGGCAAACCUAUGCAUCAAAAGGUUCAUUCGCAAGGACGAGUUCUGAUUGAUCGUAAUGUGCAGUACAAAUACGUUAAUCCUAAUCUGGUUUGUUCAAUAAACCAGUACUUGUCAAUCUUCCUUGUGGAUGUGGUAUCCGGACAGAUGAUUCAUUCAGCCCGUUUAGCCAAAGUUACUGCACCGCUGCAUGUUGUCCACUGUGAGCACUGGAUUGCGUAUUCAUAUUGGUCGGAGAAAGGAAGACGGACUGAAAUAGGCAUACUAGAACUCUAUGAAGGCGGUGAACGGACCAAUAAGAAUUAUUUCGACUCCUUAUCACCAAUGAAACAACCUCCUGAACUUGUGACCCAAAGUUUUAUAUACGCGCAAGGAAUCAGUGCAAUGGCAGUAAGUGAAACAGAGCAGGGAAUAACUACACGAUCCUUACUGCUUGCACUUCCACUAGGUGGAAUACAUGAGGUAACGCGAAAGCUGUUAGAUGCUACGCGACCUCUUGAGUUAACGCAAGAAAUGCGUGAGGAGAUGAUAAUACCGUAUAUUCCUGAGAUUCCGAUCGCUACUGAAGACAUGGUCAACUAUAAUCAGACUGUACAUGCCGUUCGAGGAAUCAGAACUGCCGCCUCUGGAUUGGAAUCUACCAGUUUAAUGCUGGCUUAUGGAAUUGAUGUAUUCUUCACGCGUCUUCAUCCAUCUGGAACAUUCGAUAUUCUAAAGGACGACUUCGAUCAUGUGUUGAUCAGUAUUGUUCUGUUUGGACUUAUUGCUGGAAGUAUUGUUAGCAAAAAGUUCGCUAGGAAUAGUUCUGUGUCAGCAGCAUGGUCUUGA